AUGAGUUUUUCUGAAAAACAAGAAAAUAUUUCCAAAGAUGACUGGAUGAAUCGACUGGAAAGUCUUCAUAUACAAAGAUCAGAUAUUAAUAAAUUAAUUAUGAAUUACUUAGUGACAGAGGGCUUUAAAGAAGCUGCUGAAAAAUUUCAACAGGAGUCUGGCAUUUCUCCUGGAACAGCAUUAGAUUCGUUAGAUGAAAGAAUUAAAAUUCGAGAUGCUAUUCAAAAUGGAGCAAUACAAGAAGCCACUGCUAUGGUUAAUGAAUUACAUCCUGAACUAUUAGAUAGUGAUAGAUAUUUGUAUUUUCAUUUGCAGCAAUUGCAUUUAAUCGAGCUAAUUAGAGCAAACAAACUAGAAGAAGCUUUGCACUUUGCCCAAGAACAAUUAAGUGAAGCAGGAGAAUCAGAUCCAAAUGCUCUUGCUGAAUUAGAAAGGACUUUAGCACUUCUUGCCUUUGAAGAACCUCUAUCUAGUCCUUUUAGUGAUCUUUUACAACCAUCUCAUAGACAAAAAAUAGCUAGUGAAUUAAAUGCAGCCAUUUUAAAAAUGGAAAAUCGAGAAUCGACAACUCCUAAAUUAUCAAAUUUACUUAAAGUAAUUUUAUGGGCACAAGAUGAAUUAGAUAAAAAAAGAAUUAAAUUUCCUAGACUGAGUGAUUUAGAUAAUGCAACAAUAACAAAUCCAAAGUGA